UAUCAUUACUGUCAUUAAACACAGUCAAAGAUCAAACAGUUGUGUGUAAACAGCAACCAUAAGACACAGGUGCCCAAAACAAGUGAAGCUUUCGAGAGACGCUGCGAUUUGAAACCGAGAAAUUCGGAGAAAAAAACCGUGAAAGAAACCAAACAAACAGUUGGACAAUUUUAGGAAUUCCUUGACAGAUCUUCUCAACAAAAUGAGCUCCGCCGACCCACAUUUUAUCAGGUGUAUUAAACCGAACGAAGAGAAAACUCCAAAUAAGUUCGAAACUGAUCAUGUCCUAGACCAACUGCGAACCAGUGGACUUAUGGAAAUUGCCAGAAUCAGACAACUGGGUUCCCAGUACGAAUUGGCUUCCAAGAAUUCAUAGACAGUAAAUACAAGAUAUUAACGUUUCCUUCGCUGGCCAGAGUUGAAGCGACGGCACCAAACUGUGCCAAAAUUGCCAAAGAUGUCAAGCUUGAAGAGUAUUCCAUAGGAGAAACGAAGAUUUUUCUAAAAUAUCAUCAUUUGGAUCAACUGAACAUGAGGAAAAUGGAGUUAGAGCGGGGUGUCAUCAUGCUACAAGCCGCGGUUCGCGGAUUUCUAGCUAGACGUCGCUUCCGUCGCAUGUUAAGAAACUGGAAUAAAAGUGAAGAAAUUGCGCGACGCAAAUUGGAAGAAAUUGCCUUCGAAACUUUCAAACCAUCCACAAUUAUGUCGACCAAGAAGACGAAUAUCAAUGAAGACGCAGACAACUACAUUAUCAAAAAUCUUCCAUCGUCCAUUACUGGAAUUGAACUCAGCAAGAAAGAUUCCAAUAUACCACCGAUAAUGAGUGACAGUUCAACAGAUAAAUAUGCACAGUUAGAUGAAGCGAUGAUGAAUCACAAGAAGAGGGGCAAAACCAACAAACGGUUCCUCGACGACAGCAGUAAUGGUCAAAUUAGUACAGCGGCCAGCGAGGAUGAAAUCGAUGAACUUCGACCCAAUAUCCAAAAGAAACAACGGCCUCGCAGACCUUCGCAGAUUUCGGCUUCCAUAACUUCUCAAUCAACCACCACCACCAGCCUUUCCACCCUAACUAACGGACCGAAAGUCAAUAACACGUCUACUAACCAGCCAUGGGAUGUGUUUAAGACAGUAUCACGGAAAAACGAGACUAUUUACGAAACAACGACGAACUGGUUCGAGUUGGCAGCGAAGACUUUCAAGAUUUUUACGUUUGUGUUUCUUUUCGUGUGUGUGAUGGGAAGCGCCUUGGCUAGCAAAGGGAGUCUUCUCAUCAUGACCAGAGCUAUUGGAAAAAUAAACCAGAGCUCAGAGUCUCGAGACAGGUGGGUGUACUUGGUAAUAUGUACCGUGUGUGUACCCUAUGUUGUGAUGUUCCUAGAAUGUUUGUUUAAAGCCAUGUUUGGCAACAUACCCCGGCCUUCCAUAGGAAACAUGAUUUGGAUUCUGUUAGUUGAAUCGCUACAUUCGUUCGGGCUGUGCCUGUUCCUAUUCAGAGUGCUUCCAUGCUUAAACACAAUACGAUGCCUACUGCUGAUGAACGCUGUCUGCCAAAUGCCUUCCAUUUUCAGACUUUUUGCUACAAAAAGAUCAGAGGAUCCGAGACGGAAGAUAAUCACAAUCAUCUUUGAUUUCCUGGCAGUUCUCAUGCAGUUGUCCGCUAUCAUCGUGGCCAUCACCUCCAUGAAAACUUCAUGCAUGCGUGACCCGCCUCACGUCACUGACACCAACAAUAGCAAUACAUACGGACUUUAUUUUCCCAAAAACGACAAGAAGCACUGGUCUCAACAACAAAAUGGCGAUGAUCCCACGACUUCUGACAUCAACAGUGGUAGCAUUUUGUCAAAUAUGACAUGGGAAGUUCCUGUGUCAUUGAUCCUCAUCUCGGUAAAAUGGUGGGAAAAUUUCGUGGAUAAAUCUAUAAAGAUCGGCUCCAGGGAAUUCUGUGUGAAAGAGUACAAGGAUACUCUCUAUAGAGUACGAGUAAAGGCUUACAUUUUGGUUAGUGCUUGGAAGGUUGGACUGACAUUUGGUUUCGCUUUUCUGUUGAUGCCCAAUCUAAGUCUGGUUCAUAAAGCAUUUGGUAGUCUUUUCCAAGACGAAGUUUACACUUACACAAACACCACAGUUCCUACACCAGUCCAUUUAAAUGGCACUUUAAAGACUACUGGGGCACCAAUUAGUCUCUAUACAGGUAGUAGUAUAACCGAGCAUAAGAGCUCCCAACAGAAAACCGUCAACUGUACAAAUGUGACCGAUGUUGCAGACGUAACCUGGAUACUCUGCUGGACGAAACAAGAAGAUGCGUGGAGAGAAUUUAUGACAUACUUACCGUUGAUCGUCCAAAUUGUGUCAUCAGGUUUAUGUUAUUAUUUUGCAAGACUUGCUUGCAAACUUUGCAUGCAAAGAUUCUCGUUCGCAGCUCCACUCUGUUUGGCGACGCCUGUAGCUGUUGGGACGUUGUUAUCGUUUUAUUACAUUGAACCGAACAAUAUUUUUACCAAAGAAUUCUUGCAAUGGCCCGGUAUGGAAGCGGAGCCUGAUAAACAAAAGCUAAUCUGGCAUAUGGGAAUCGGGUUUGGCCUUUGGUGGGUAUCACAGUUGUGGGUCACCAGAUAUAUUUGGACACCUAAAGCAACACGACUCGCCUUUACAGAAAAACUCUUCAUGUUGCCACUCUACUGUGCUGGAUUCAUUGAGCAAUCUCUGUUGCUUAACCGACGGCGAAAUGACAAGGAACGCAUGCCCAACAGGAAUCUAUCGGAUGAUAUUUCUAUCGAUAGCAAUUCGACUGACCCUAUGCGCAAGCAACGAGAACAAAUUGUACCGAAAAUCUACAUUUGCGCCACAAUGUGGCACGAAACAGUGCAUGAGAUGACGCAGCUAUUAAAAUCUGUAUUCAGGAUGGACAUAGAUCAAAGCGCUCGGAGAAACGCACAAGAUUACUUCAAUGUCCAAGACCCAGAUUUCUACGAAUUUGAAGCUCACAUAUUUGUUGACGAUGCCAUGGAGUUUAAUGACAGACGACAAUGGAUGCCGAAUUGUUUCGUGAAGCAACUGGUUUCUGUUGUUGACAAAGCAGCCAGCGCUAUUCAUGAAAGUGAUCUCUCCCUGCUCCAUCCAAUCCGUAUACCAACACCAUACGGCGGACGACUUGUGUGGAAUCUACCCGGGGGUAACCUACUCAUUGUGCACUUUAAAGACAGAGAAAUGAGUCGCCACAAGAAAAGAUGGUCGCAGGUGAUGUAUAUGUACUACCUCCUCGGUUAUCGUCUGCUUGGUCAACAAGACGACAGCACUCAAAACAACCAAAGCCAAGCUUCACAGAACGAGAAAUGGAAACAUUCUCCAGCACAUUUCGUCAAAGGCAAUAUUUUCAAACAUAUUCCAGAAAAAACUCUCGUUCAGGCAGAAAAUACGUAUAUCUUAGCUCUUGAUGGAGAUGUGGACUUCAAGCCAGGCGCUGUACAACUGUUGGUAGACAGGAUGAAGAAGAGUAAGAAAGUCGGUGCCGCCUGCGGUAGAAUUCAUCCUUCUGGUUCCGGACCCAUUGUCUGGUAUCAGAUCUUCGAAUAUGCCAUUGGUCAUUGGCUUCAAAAGGCAGCAGAACAUAUGCUUGGCUGCGUUCUUUGCAGUCCUGGAUGUUUCAGUUUGUUCCGUGGAUCUGCUCUAAUGGACGACAACGUUAUGCGAACCUAUGCUACUCGCUCCACAGUCGCUAGACACUACCUGCAAUAUGAUCAAGGUGAGGACCGAUGGUUGAGUACCUUGCUUCUGCAACAGGGUUAUCGUGUUGAAUACUGUGCGGCUUCAGAUGCCAUGACUCAAACUCCAGAAGGAUUCAAAGAAUUCUUCAACCAACGUCGUCGCUGGAUUCCGUCUACUUUGGCCAACAUCAUGGAUCUCCUACAGAGCUAUCGUAGCACCGUUAAAAUGAAUGAUAAUAUUUCAUAUCUCUACAUUGCUUACCAAGCUUCCCUUAUGCUUUCCACCACCUUAGGACCCGCUACCGUUUUGUUGAUGAUGGCCGGUGCCUUCAACGCAGUCUUGAAAACCAGUUUAUGGCAGUCUUACCUAUUGGCUAUCGGUCCAGCUGUGUUCUAUCUCAUUCUCUGCUUUCUUCUCAAAAGCGAACACCAAGUAACAGUCGCUGCCAUCCAAAGUGCCAUUUAUGCUCUCUUCAUGAUGUCUGUUGUAGUUGGAACUAUGGUCCAAAUAGUCGAAGAUACCAUCAUUAGUCCAAACGCCAUAUUCUUGCUAAUGUUGCUAGCCAUAUUUAUAAUAUCGGCCUGUUUUCACCCUCAAGAAUUCCUGUGUUUGCUCCCCGGUGCUCUUUACUUCCUUUGUAUUCCGUCUGGUUACGUACUUCUCAUCAUUUACGCCAUGUGCAAUAUGCAUGUUGUCUCUUGGGGAACCAGAGAAAAAGCGGUGCAGUCGAGUGAGCCCGAAGAUGAAAAGGGCAAAGUGUCGCGAAACAACAGCUUUAUGAGGUGGCUCGGUCGUAAAGAGGUCGAUGACUCCUGCUGCCCGUGUAUCACUGGGUUUUUUCGACGUCUCUGUGGGUGUCGUUCCCAGGUGGAUGUGAGCAAUGAGAUUCUGCGGCAAGUGAUGGAGAAACUAGAUAAAGUGGAAGCUGGAAUUAAAAUGACCACCACGUCUACAAAUAUCACACAUCCCCGCCGGCGCCGGUCGUCCUCGCGGUCUCGUCGCUCAAAUAUCGGAAAUAUUGAAGAAGCAAAUAUUGAAAACGAUGAUAGUGAUGUCGACACAAGCAGCACUGAAAACGAUGGAGAUAUGGAUGAGAUGAGGGAUCCUCUUGUGAAUCCUCUUUGGUUAGAGGAUCGAGAAAUGGGUAACGGCGAGAUUCAGUACUUGCCGGAGAGGGAGGUGGAAUUCUGGCAACAGUGCAUCGCCAAAUAUUUGGCACCGAUUCCAUUUGACAAAAACCAUCAUAUACAAAUGUCUACAGAUCUUAAAUCAAUGAGAAAUAACGUCGCUUUUGCUUUCUUUAUGCUAAACGCUUUUUGGAUGAUCAUAAUAUUUAUGCUUCAAAGUGUCAAAGAAAAAAUCAGUAUACCAAUACCAAGACCCGGCUCAGAAGCAUUGCUAAUCGAACCUCUUGGUUUGAUUUUCCUCAUAUUCUUUGCGUUCAUCCUUAUUCUUCAGUUCGGUGCCAUGUUACGUCAUCGUUACGGAACGCUUCUACACAUUUUGGCGUCGACAGAAAUCCGAUGCUGUCGGAAACGAUUUGAUCCGAAAAAACAUAUUGAAGAAGCAGUCGAAUACGCCAGAGUUCUUCAAAGACUCUACGGAAUCGAUGACGAUACAGAUCAAGAUAUGGAUUUCUCCAUUUCUCAAGACACCAAAGCAGUACGACCUCAUAACAAUGCCAUAAGUGCAUUACCGAUAUUGACUGGCCCAGUUUGUGAUUCAACACGUACCACCAUCACAGUGAUGUCCAACUUGGACAGAGCAUUGCCGCAGACUUUCGAAAACUCGAACUAUCGCAAAGAUGGCGUAAGAUCGAGUUACGCCGAGAGUUCAGACGCCAAAGAAGUAGACCAAAUACCACCCUCAAGAAGAGUGCAACACAGGCAUAAAGGUAGACACACUGGUAAAAACAGUACCCUGCGACGGGCAUUCGUUCGCCGAUACACCAAACUGAUGCGACAACAGACAUCACAGAGCCUCUCAGCGGCAACGAGCGGUCGAGAGCCUAAACCUAGCCAUCCAUCAAUAUUGCCUCCAAAAGACAGCAGUGAAGAAUAUAUUCCACAAUUUAACCAACUCAAUAGAUGAUGAGUUGAAGAGAUUUCGUUAUUCUGAAAUUUUGAUUAUUAAUUUUUAAUUUUUUGUUUUUGUUUUUUUUUUCAAAUUUCCGAAUUUGGGAGAAAAUAACAAGGUGAUCGUGUUAAAACAAUCAAUAAAUGAUUAUGUGAUUCGCAAAUUUUGUACAUAUAUAUAUAUAUAUAUAUAUAUAUAUAUAUAUAUAUAUAUAUAUGUACAUAUUUAUCAUAUAUAUUCGACUUCAAAAUAUGCCUAUGUUUACGUAAUAUGAAGAUAACGUUUGUGCCUAAGUUUAACCUUUUUAUUAAUGAUUUUCUUAUUAGUCCCUUAUGCUUAGUUUGGGAUAAUAAUGGUCAUAAGUUCAUGCCUGUUUCAAACACCUUCUUCGUCUGUGCGGUACGUUGUUGGUCAGUCAUCGAGGCAGAUGUUUGUAAAUCGUUUGCUUGUUCUUAUCCAGCUCUCUCGAUCGACUACACGAUCUUCCAUGUGGUUUCAUUUCAAUGUCUGUUGAAAGGCAGAUGAUACAAGCAAACGAUGCAAUGCAUCCGCCGAUGCCUGGAUGCUUUCUACAAAAAGCAGCAACAAUGUACCACUAGAUAAGGCCGAGAAAUUUUUGAAACAUCCUGAAGAUCUGCGAAAGAAAUAUUUGAAAUUUUUAAUAUAAAAGACUAAAAUGAAACACGGCCGGGUCUUCAAUAUAACAUGUCAGCAA